AUUCGCAAUGAACACUGGAUGAGCGCACAUUUUCUCUUUGAUAUCAGUAGUGGUGGGUCGUAGGCGCAUGACCGUUAGAUUAUUGCCGAUCGCUUACCUCAUUUACACGAUUAACGUCAUCAUCUGUUUAAAUAUGAUAAACUUGACCAUACAGCAAUACGGGAAAGUAAUGGAAAUUCUGUUCUACAAUGGUGCGAAAACUGUGAGGAACAGGUGGCUUGCUUGAAUUCAUUGCAGAUGAGAUCAUUAGGCUAACCCUCAGAAAAGAUCUACCGUCUUGCGUCAAAUCAAAAGGAUUCUUUCCGUUAUCGCAGAGUACAAUGGGAUCGACGAACACUAGUCAUGGUGGCAACGAACUGAGGAAAUUACAUAUAGACUACUGUUUAAAGUUUAAUAGAGUAGUAAAUCAAACUAGACAUGCUUGUCAUAAAUGUAGACGUAAAACAACAUGCAGACAUAUUUUAUUUUAACAGUUAGACGAAGCUGAACUAAUACUUAAGGGUUCUUAAAGGAGGAGUGGAGAGUGAAAAGGAGAAGUGGUGCAUCCACUGUUCCUUUAUAGGUGGGCUCUGAGUAGCGUCUGAGUUACAGAGCAAUAAACAUGAGUGUAGGGCACAUUCCGAUCAGAUGGAUAACGACCUGUCUAAUACUACCAGUUUCCUUUGCUGGUGACUGGACUGUACAUGUGCCUACUCAUACAGUCUAUGCCCUGAGUGGUUCAGCAGUGACUCUUCCCUGCUCGUAUGACUUUCCGGAGAAGUCUGUGCAGAGUUUGCAUCACAAAGUGCUGUCUGAGAUGUGGUGCUUGGGACAGAGCUACUGCAUCACUCCCAGAUAUGUGUACCACAGCAAAGGGAUUUCUCCUGAGCCCGCAUACCAGGGAAGAGUGGAGUACCUGGGGGUUCCAGGGUCAAAGAACUGCUCCUUAAAGAUCUCCAACAUGAGGACAUCAGACAGUGGUGUGUAUGUGUUUCGCUUCAUCACUGACCACCCUGUGGCCAAGCUGCCAGGCCAGCCUGGUGUCACCCUAGUGGUUACUGAUCCUCCAAAAAACACAACAGUGAUGGUUAUCUCUGGGGAGAUUGUGGUGGGUGCUCCACUGACCCUGAUGUGUAGCAGCCAGGGAGAACAACCAGUGAAGAACUACACAUGGUUUAAGAUUGAUGGGAACGGAAUUGCACUUAGAGGAUCAGGUCAGAAUUAUACCACUGAUUGCCUCCGGCCCAAGGAUAACGGAAAAUACAUGUGUGUGGCAACAAAUCGCUUCGGAACAGAUAACGCAACCAUUACAAUAACAGUCCAAAAUGUAAGAAGAGAUUCGAUCGCAAUUGCAGUACCACUCACUUUAUUCACUGUGAUGGUCAUUGUCAUCGUUGCCUGUGUUGGGGGAAAGGUCAUCACAAAAUCACAUCAACCAGAGGACGCUACACAGGACAGCUUCUGAGUGAAGUCACAGCUGAGUUUUUCAUUCAUUGAGAAAGAAAUGACAGAAGAAGAGGUCACAACUUAUUCUUUUCUAUGACUUUGCUUAUGAACUGUACGCUAGGCCUCAUGGUGGCGUCUGAUGCAUCAAAAUACAUUUGUCUUCCGCGUGUUUUUUGAUCACUUUUUUUUUAUUUUUUACGUAAGC